AUGUCCGGAAUAAAGAUUGAGGAGGUCAUUUCUACCACGAAAAGGCAGCGUGUGGCGGCUCACAGCCAUGUGAAAGGGUUGGGCUUGGAUUCAGAGGGUUCAGCCAAACCCACCGCAGAUGGAUUUGUGGGGCAACUGAAGGCUCGUGAGGCCGCCGGUAUUAUUGUGGAACUCACAAGAAGCAAAAAAAUGGCUGGGCGUGCACUUCUCUUUGCUGGCCCUCCUGGAACAGGCAAGACGGCGUUGGCACUUGGUAUUGCAAAGGAGUUGGGGUUAAAGGUCCCUUUUUGCCCCAUGGUUGGCAGCGAAGUGUACAGUGCUGAAAUAAAGAAGACAGAGGUGCUGAUGGAAAACUUUCGCCGAGCAAUUGGGCUUCGUAUUAAAGAGCAAAAAGAGGUUUAUGAGGGUGAAGUCACAGAAUUGCGGGCUGAAGAGACGGAUAAUCCAUUGGGAGGGUAUGGCAAAUCGAUUGCUCACGUUAUUAUGACUCUCAAGUCUGUCAAGGGUUCGAAGCAACUUAAGUUAGAUGCUGCCAUCUAUGAAAGCUUGGAGAAGGAAAAGGUAUCUGUUGGUGACGUUAUUUACAUUGAGGCCAGUACUGGGGCUGUAAAGCGUGUUGGACGCUCAGACGCGUACAUUGGUGAUCAUGACCUGGAAGCGGAUGAGUACGUGCCAUUACCGAAAGGCGAUGUUCACAAGAAGAAGGAGAUCAUUCAAGAUGUGACUCUGCAUGAUCUUGAUUCUGCCAAUGCUAAACCAAACCAAGGUCAAGAUGCUCUCUCUAUUGUUAACAGUCUAAUGAAACAGAAAAAGACAGAGAUUACAGAGAAGCUACGACACGAGAUCAACAAGGUUGUGAACAAGUACAUUGAUCAAGGUGUAGCUGAAUUGGUUCCAGGUGUCUUGUUUAUUGAUGAAGUACACAUGUUGGAUAUUGAAUGUUUUACCUUCCUGAAUAAGGCACUAGAAUCAACACUGGCUCCUGUGGUAAUUUUUGCUACCAACAGAGGCAGCUGUCGUAUCCGAGGAACAGACAUUCGAUCUCCACAUGGUAUUCCCACCGAUUUGCUUGAUCGUCUGCUUAUUGUGCGUACUUCAAAUUACACCAUUGAUGAAAUUGUUUCUAUUGUUGACAUUCGUGCCCAGGUGGAGGGGGUAAAAGUGUCAGAUGCUUCAUUAGAGCUGCUCGGAGAAAUUGGAGAACGCACCUCCCUGCGGUAUGUGGUACAACUGCUCACUCCAGCGCUUAUUAUUGCUGAGACAAAUGGCCGCAACGUAAUUGAAGUGGAAGAUGUGGUUUUGGUGGAUGGGUUGUUUAAGGACGCUAAGGCUUCAGCGCAACUUCUCCAUGAGCACGCCGAUGACUACGUGUAUCAGUAG